AUGUUAUCGCUACUUUCUUUUCUUCCUUGUCAAUUUUUUCCACACUCUUCCUCUUUCCCUCUAUUCCAUUCCCUUUUUAAUUUGAUCUUCUUCUCUUUUACCUUCUAUUUAUUUUCUUAUUUUUUUCCAUUUCUUUCUUUCUUUCUUUUCUUUACUUUUCUUUUCUUUUUGUCCUUUCUUAUUUUUUCUUCAUUUUUUUUUAUUUUCUUUCUACUUUUCCUUCUGCUUUUCUUUCUUAUAUUUUUCCUCUGUCAUGUAUAUUUUAUUAAAAUCAUCCAUUUUCUUUUUUUCGCUUUCAUUUCUUGUUUCUGUUUUUUUUCUAUUUUUCCAUUUUUGUUUCUUUUCGUUUUCUUCUUUUCUUACUUCUUUCUUUUGCUAUCUUUUAUAUAUAUUCACUUCUUUUUGUUUCUCCUACUUUUUAUUCUUCUUUUCCUUCGUUUUCUAACUCAUAUUCAUUCAACGGCUUCUCUCUUAUUCCUUUUCCCCUUCUUUUUUUUCUUUCUUUCAUUAUCUCUUCUUCUUCUUCUUCUUCUUUCUUGUGAUCUUGCUUUUUCUUCUGUUCCUUAUUGUCUAUUUCUUCUUGUUUUGUUUCUACUUUUCUUCUUAUUUUCUUUUGUUGUUUUUCAUACUUUCCUCUUUUUCUUUUAUUCCAUAUCCUCUUCUUCUUCUUCUUCUUCUUUUCUUCUUUCUUCUUCUUUUUUCUUUCUGUUCUUUCUCAUUUACAUUUCCUACGCUUCCGUUUCAUUUUUAUUUCGUCUUUUCUUCGCGGUGGAGUAA